AUGGUGAACACCAGAGCCAAACUCCAGAAAAUCCACAACACCAUGAAACUCUGCUUCUCGGAGGCUGCCAUGGCCGAUUCCGAUCAUCUGGCCACCCAAUCUGGAGCUUUGAUCGGUUCCAAUGACGAUCUUUUAAUCCAAAUCCUUCUCCGGCUUCCGGUUACCUCUGUUCUUCGAUUCAGAUCUGUAUCCAAACACUGGCAAUCCCUUUUGAGUCACCAACAUUUCACCCUUCUGUAUAACAAAGUUUCCAUCUCACCUGGCCUUUUUGUUUCCAAUUUGUAUAUUCCAUUUGAUGUUCAAAACCAAAGUCCUCCUCCUUUUCGAAACCUCGACUUCUACCCUGAUAUUUGUGGUAUUAGAAUCGUCCAAUCUUGUAACGGAUUGCUGCUAUGCUGUAGCAAGAGGGGGCAUGAACGAGUUCGCAAAUAUUACGUAUUUAAUCCCACAACUAAGCAAUUUGCUCUCAUCCCAUCGGUUCCUGGAGGUAUGGAUGUUCGUAAAACCAUCCGUUUUAUGGGUUUGGCAUUUCAUCAAACAGGUUGUGUUCACUACAAGGUAGUUUGCAUUCACGUUGUGAAGCCUGAUGGGUUGUUUAAGAUUCAAAUCUACUCGUCUGAUACAGGGAAAUGGAAGAUUUCAGAUCAAUCUUUCUAUGCGCCUUAUUAUACACCUUUAAGAUACGGAGUUUUUUUGAAUCAAACGAUCUACUGGGCUCCCUCCUGUGUUAAUCCAUUGUACUUUAAGCUCGAUACACAGGAGUUGAAAUCUCUGCCAUUGCCAUCUAUCGGAGUUUAUGGAGAUGGAGGAAUGCCACUUUACUUUGGGGAAUCAAGAGGCCAUUUGCAUUUGGUGGAGAGGGCGGAUUGGGGUGAGACCCAUUUACACCUGAACGUGUAUGAGUUGUUGAAUGAUCAUUCUGGAUGGUUUCUCAAGUAUGCAGUGGAGCUUGAUGAGCUUCUGAAUGCUUACCCGGAGAUGAUCAAUAGCUACCAGGAUCCUUCAAGCCCUCGUUAUUACGAAUUCGAAUUGUUUGAUGUGGUGAGAGGUGAAGAAGAAGAUGAAACAUUCAUGGUGAUCAAAAUUCCAGGGAAGAUUAUAAGGUACAACGUUGUGUACAAAAGUUUCAAGCAGAUAUUUGAUCUGAGUCAUCUGCACGACAUUUCCUAUGGACGAAUAGGUCACUCGGAUGUUCAUCGCUAUAUUGAAAACUUGGCUUCUUUCUAA